AUGUCAUAUAGUACCUCACUUGAAUCAUCAGGAGGUUCACCACCAGAAGUUGGAGAAGAAUACUUAAAUGCAUUGAAUCCUGUUAUUGAUUUAGAUGCAAAUACAAAUGAAGAACCACUAACAAAUGAAUCAACACCAGCAAAUGAAGUUGUGAAUGAAGAAAAUGUUGAGAGCAGUGACAUUGUUAUUCAAAAGUCCAAGAGGAAGAAAACUUCUCUAGUUUGGGAUCACUUCAAAAAAGUGGAAUUAAAGAAUGGGAAAAAAUGGCAAUGUAUACACUGUAAAAAGAAUUAUGCUGUUGUUUCUAGUGGAUCAACCAGUCAUUUGAUGAGGCAUUUAAAAGAUAUAUGUCAUGUUUACAAGAAGCUAGUAGCACAACAAAAAAAAUUAAACUUUCAGCCUGCAAAAAGCAUGAUUGAUGAGAAGCUUUCUGGGCCACUACUUAUGAAUUCAGGGGCUAAAUAUGACCAUGAAAGACAACGUGAAGCCACUGCACAUUGGAUUAUGAUGCACGAACAUGCAUUUAGUAUUGUUGAGGAAGAAGGUUUUCUUUUUAUGAUGAAAUGUUCUAAUAUUUCAUAUGAGAAAAUUAGUCGGAAAACAUUGAAGAAUGAUUGUAUUGCUGUUUAUGAAGCUGAAAGAAAAAAGUUAAAGUCUACUUUGAGGAUGGUAAAUAAGAUUUGCUUGACCACAGAUUUAUGGAAGUCACAAAAUCAGAAGAUAGAGUACAUGGUGUUAACUGGUCAUUUCAUAGAUGCUGAUUGGGUUUUGCAGAAACGCAUUCUUAGUUUUGUUCAUGUUCCUCCUCCUCGGCGUGGUGUUGAUAUCGCUGAUGCAAUCUUCAAAUGUCUUAAAGAUUGGGGCAUUGAAAAUAAAAUAUUUAGCGUGUCAGUGGAUAAUGCUCACUACAAUGACAGAUGUUUGAAAGAAUUAAAAGUUCUGAUUUUAAGGCACCGAAAAUUAGUGCUAGAUGGAAAGUUAUUUCAUGUGCGAUGUUGUGCGCAUAUACUUAACUUGCUUGUUCAAGAUGGUAUUGGGAAAAUAGCAAAAAUAGUUGAAAACGUGCGUGAAAGUGUAAAGUUCAUCAAUCAGUCUGAAACAAGGUUGCAAACAUUCUCACAAAUAGUUCAACAACUAAAGCUUGGUGGUAAAAAAUUAAUUCUUGAUUGCCCUACUCGUUGGAACUCCACCUAUCAAAUGUUGUCAGUUGCAAUGCAGUUCAAAGAAGUCUUCCCUCGAUUUCAAGAUCGAGAAUCAAGCUAUAAAACUCUUCCAGAUGAUGAUGAUUGGGAAAAGGUUGAAAAAGUUUGCAAGUUGCUAGAGGUAUUUAAUGUUGUUACAAAUAUUAUUUCUGGUAGUGAAUAUCCAACUGCUAACUUAUAUCUUGCUGAGGUGUUUCGAAUUAAGCUAGUUUUAGAUCAUGGUAUCCAAGAUGAAUCUGAUUUUAUGAAAGAAAUGACAAAAGCUAUGAAGGAAAAAUUUGAUAAAUAUUGGAGUCAAUGUAAUCUUGUCAUGUCGCUUGCUUCUGUUUUGGAUCCUAGGAUCAAAAUGAUGGGUGUUAAUUAG